AUUAGAGAGAAUGCAAUAGAUUGAGAUGAAAAAGAAGUUUGGGAAGGAGGACUCAUUACUACCACACUUUCUUUCUCUUGAAGGUUCAAAAUUCUCUCAUUUUUCUUUCAGAAGCCAAAAAUGGCAGCAACUGGACUUUCUCUUCGCCACUCUGUUUCCAGUUUUCCUCCCAGCACUUUCGCUUCCUCGAGCUUCUCUGCGUCUAAAAUUGGCGCGAAGCGGCGGACUUGCGGUGGAGGUGAUCGGAAGAAUCCGAGAGGAGCGGCGGCGGCGAGGUGCUGCACGGCCGUGGCGGAGAAGGACCGGACGGUGACGCUGAAGAACGGCAAUGAUUCUGUGGAAAUAUGUAGAAUCCUGAACGGGAUGUGGCAGACCAGCGGCGGAUGGGGAAGAAUCGACAGAAACGACGCCGUUGAGGCGAUGCUCAAACACGCUGAUGCUGGUCUCACUACCUUCGACAUGGCCGACCACUAUGGACCAGCAGAAGAUCUUUUUGGCAUCUUCAUCAAUAGAGUUCGCCGAGAGCGUCCUCCAGAGUAUCUGGAAUCUGUAAGAGGCCUUACCAAAUGGGUGCCACCACCUGUGAAAAUGACCAGUAGCUUUGUUAGACAAAACAUUGAUGUUUCAAGGAAGAGAAUGGAUGUUGCAUCUCUGGACAUGCUUCAAUUUCAUUGGUGGGAUUACUCGAAUCUUGGGUACCUAGAUGCAUUGAAGCAUCUAACAGAUCUGAAAGAAGAAGGUAAGAUAAAGACGGUUGCUUUAACCAACUUUGACACCGAGAGAUUACAUAUAAUCUUGGAAAAUGGCAUCCCAGUUGUUAGCAAUCAGGUGCAACAUUCAAUAGUUGAUAUGCGUCCUCAACAGAAAAUGGCAGAGCUUUGUCUACAAUUUGGAGUUAAACUUAUAACGUCUCUCUCUCUAUCUCUCCUCAUGUUUGUGUGUUUGCAUCAUAUAUCUGCUAAUUCAUUUCUUUUCGUGAGUAAUAGAUUAUAUAUCAUCAGCUGCCAUUGAACAUCAAACUUUAUUAAUGAAAUUACACAGAAAACAGUUUUAGUCAGCAUUCCAAUAGAAACACUGCUUUCUUUGAUUAAUAUGUUUACAGAUGACAAUAAAGUGGAUUUAAUGCCCCUUUGGUAGAAUGAUAUAUUUGGCACAUCAAUCACAUUUUCUACCAAAUAUUACACUCAUUGAAUCAGCUUCCAUCCGUUGCCAAUGAAGCUAAAAGAGUCGUUAUUGACAAUGUUUUAGUUUCAGGCACAUAAUAGACUCAAUCAAAAUGACACAUUAAACUUCUCUUGCUUCUUGUUUUUUAUGAAUUUUUGGAUAGUAAAUGCAGCAAUGUAUCUAGAGUCAAACACUAACAGUCUCUGUUUUAACAGGGAUAACAUUGGGUAGAUCUUGACCCCCAAACCACAACAAAGUUGGGAUUAUAGUGGCUUGUUGUUGUUGUUCUCGUACUGACUGAAUCAGCUAACUUAAAGUAACACAUAAAUUACUUUUCAAUUGAAGCUUAUUACAUUAUGAUAAGAUGUAUUUGCCUUGUUUUAUAUAUAUUCGUAUAUUACUCCCUCCGUUCCAAAGUGAAGUUUACAGAAUUGACUUCACAAAUCUUAUGAAAAGUGUUAAAAGUAAAGAGUGUGCUAGAAAUUUGAUUAGAAGAAAGAGAUAUUUAGUGAGCCACAUACUCAUUUCCUUAAUAUGAAAAUAAAAAAUUUUAAACUUUAUUUUGGUUCCUUCCAGAAAGGAAAAUGUAAACUUUAUUUUGGGAUGGAGAAAAUAUAUAAAAUGAUCUAUAUACAUGUUUAGAUAAUUCAGCUCAUCGAGGCAUUUUGGCCUCAAUCUGAGCAAAUUCAACAUAUCUAUCCAUUUUGACCAAAUUUUACCUUUGCCGAAUGAGCUCGUAGCAUUUUCUAGCUCUAAUGGUAAGUCUUUUCCUUUAUACUCCUUCCAUUUCACUAUUUUCGGGACAUAGGAUAGUCACACAUAAAUCCAGAAAAGUAGAAUUGCUUGGUUGAUAUUGUAAUGAAAAAAAUUAGAAAAAGUAGGAACUAAUGUGAGUCACAUAGACAUUAAUAAAUAUGGUAAGGGACAAAAAUAAUCGAACAACACAAAAUGGUUACGACGGACAAAAAUAGUGGGACGUAGGGAGUAAAAAGAUGAAGAUUUG